AUGGUCGAGAAGGUCUACGUCACAUACAACCAGGUACAUAAGCUGUGCCAGGCCUCCGCCGGCCGCAUCCUCGAUGAAUUUCGUCCAAACCUCAUGAUCGCUAUUGGCGGUGGAGGAUACGUUCCAGCGCGGAUGCUAAGAUCUUUCCUCAAGCAAAAGGAUUCUCCAAACAUCCCUAUCCAGGCCAUCGGCCUCUCGCUCUACGAAGAUCUAGGCAGAGGUGACCCCGAGGAGGUCCCGGGCACCAAAGUAACACGCACACAAUGGCUCGACUUGAGCUCGUUGGAGAUGGCAAACUUGAUUGGAAAGAAUGUUCUCAUCGUUGACGAGGUUGACGACACCCGCACGACUUUGGAAUAUGCUGUUCGCGAACUAGAGAAGGACGUAGAGCUUGCGCAGAAACAACUUGGCCGACAGGGGGAGAAGACCACCUUCUCGAUCUUUGUCCUACACAACAAAAACAAGCCAAAGAAGGGCCAACUCCCAGCGGACAUGCUAGAAGAAGGCCGAUACCUUGCCGCCGUCACGAGUGAAGAUGUUUGGAUCUGUUACCCCUGGGAAGCCACAGAUAUCGACGAGCACGACCGAUUGGCUAAAGAAAACCCUCUAGAAUCUUCAUAA